AUGCGGCUUUUUUUUUUUCCACAUCAUAAUUGCUGCAGGAGAAGGUCAGGCAGCCAGAUACAUGAAAUUACUUUACAUCCAUUAAAUUCGUUCAUAUCUAUCUAUCUAUCUAUCUAUCUAUCUAUCUAUCUAUCACAUUCUUCUCUCUCUAUCUGUGUGGAUCUCUCUGUUUGUCUCUCUCUAUCUAUCACAGUGUGUUACUCUUUUCAUCUUUCACCAAUACUAAUCUAUCUGCAACCGUCUCUCCCUGAUCUAUCUAUCUAUCUAUCUAUCUAUCUAUCUAUCUCGGUGUCUCAUUUUUCUUCUCUCUCUACUAAAAAUCUAUCUGAAAGCCUUUCUCCUAUCUAUCUAUCUAUCUAUCUAUCUAUCUAUCUAUCUAUCUAUCUAUUUGUAUUCAUAUCUAUCUAUCUAUCUAUCUAUCUAUCUAUCUAUCUAUCUAUCUAUCUAUCUUGCAUAAGUUGUGCAUCUAGCUAG